ACAAAUUGUCUCUCCUUUCAUUUUACUUUUUAAGUUUUAGGACAAUAUUGGAUCUAGCCCUAUUUGUAGGGCUCAAUAGUCAAAGAUGGGGGGAGCAAGGCAAUUGCGUAGAAGCAGAACUGCAGCCAGGGCCCAGGGCAAUCACUAGUGGUCGUGGAAGAUUCGCACCUGCCUCGGAUAGAUAAGCUAUUAACUAGCACUGCACUGCUGUCCUAUAACUCACCACUGCUCCUCCACACAGUCUCUGCACAUUUGAUAUUCUUUCUCUCUUUUUCUCCUCCCCUCGCCCUCUGACCUCCAAAUCUUUACCUGUUUUUCUUUCUGAAGCCUUUAAAAUCUUUUUUUUUUUUUUGGUUCUUGUAAACAAUUUCCUUCCUUUCAAACCCUUUCCUUCUGUAUUUUUGUUUUUGUAAGUUAAAUUUAUUUCUGGGUUUCAGUAUAAUGGGUGGUGUGGCAGUUCUGAAACCCCAAGAUUGUCUUAAGGAGUCUCUCUCUCCAACUCACAUGAAGAAGCCACGAAACGCUUACCCUAACCGUGUUAAGCGUACACAAUCUAAUCGCAGGAAAAUAAGCCCUACGCGGCCGAGCUCCUUCCCGGCUCCGAGCCGAACCGUGGUCCAGAAAGCGCCGUCCAAUAACCUCAUCAUGGGCCAGGUCAAGAUCCUUAAACGCGGCGAAAAUCUGAGCCAAGCAGAUAAGGAGAGCCUUGAAGAGGUGGAUCUGGGGUCUACGGAGCGACUGGGUCCAGAUCCGGUCUCUAUCCCGAAUCUGGUCCGACUGACGACCGACUCCAACGUAGUCGCUGGGUUCUAUGCCGGGGCGUCGGUGUUUGCGGAAUCUCCGCCACCUAGUUCGCUACCUUUACCGGCUUUCUUCUUGAAGAAGUGUGUACCCGUAAAGAACGAAGAUGUCGCUAGCGACUUGCGUAGGAUUCUACGGCUCGAUUAGAGUAACGUGGUCGUGGUCGGAUGGUUUGGCAUCAACCGUUGAUGUGGAGUAGUUGUUUGGGUUUUUUGAUUCUCGACCUUGCCUUACUUUUUUAUCAAGGCGAAAGUUGAGUUUGUGACCCAGAAGCAGUCGUGGUAUUUAAGUAGUUUAAGACCUUUCUUUCAGGCAAGGAUUCUAAUCAGGCGAUGAUGUAUAGGUUCAGCUUUUAUUGGGAUUGGUUGGUGGGGCUUGGAGCUGGAUGGCGAGAAUGAUGUCUGGGUUUUUCCCCUUUUUUCUCAAUUUCGUUUUUUUUUUUCGGGUGGUAGUUCAUAGAUUGGUGUUUAAUCUGUGUAUCCCUAGUUUACAGGUUUUUGUUAAAUAUCGGUUUGUGUAAUUUACAGAUUUGUGUUAAAACUUGUCCAUCUAAUCUAUAAGGUUCGUGUUAA